UAUGGAACGUAUGUUUUUCUUUCAGAAAAAAAGAGGAGAAAAACUCCAUUACCCAUAAGCCCCACGAUGACGUCGUAAACCACGGACAUCAAGAUGGGGCUUGAAAGUACUAUGGUCUGUGUGGACAACAGUGAGUACAUGCGGAAUGGAGACUUUCUGCCCACCCGACUGCAGGCUCAGCAGGACGCAGUUAAUAUUGUUUGCCAUUCCAAGACACGCACCAACCCUGAAAACAACGUGGGCCUCAUCACCAUGGCAAACAACUGUGAGGUUCUGACCACGCUCACUCCGGACACCGGCAGGAUACUAUCCAAGCUCCAUCUUGUGCAGCCUCGUGGAAAUAUCAGCUUCUGCACCGGCAUCAGGGUUGCACAUUUGGCACUGAAGCACAGACAAGGCAAAAACCACAAGAUGCGCAUCAUUGCAUUUGUUGGCAGCCCAGUGGAAGACAACGAAAAAGAACUGGUCAAAAUGGCGAAGCGUCUAAAGAAGGAAAAAGUCAACGUGGAUGUCAUUAACUUCGGGGAGGAGGAGAUGAACACAGAGAAGCUGACGACCUUCAUCAACACACUGAAUGGCAAAGAAGGAGCAGGCUCCCACCUGGUCACUGUUCCUCCAGGCCCCAGUCUGGCUGAUGCCCUGCUGUCCUCACCCAUCCUGGCUGGAGAGGGAGGUGCCGUGUUGGGUCUGGGUACCGGUGACUUUGAGUUUGGGGUGGACCCCAGUGCAGACCCAGAACUGGCCUUGGCACUGAGAGUGUCCAUGGAGGAGCAGAGACAACGGCAGGAGGAUGAAGCUCGCAGAGCCUCUGUCGUAUCAGCUGCUGAUGCUGGUAUUUCCUCCCCUGCUGCAGAUGAGUCUGACGACGCCCUUUUGAAGAUGUCUGUUCCCCACACGGUGCCGUCCACACCUACUCUACCAGACUUCAGCCGCAUGACCGAGGACGAACAGAUCGCCUAUGCUUUGCAGAUGUCCAUGCAAGGAGAAGGCGCAGAGUUGGGAGCUGAGGACAUGGACACAGGAGACGUGGACACGGACUCCAGCAAGGCUAAGGAUGAAGAGGACUACGAUGUCAUGCAGGAUCCAGAGUUUCUUCAGAGCGUCCUGGAAAACCUUCCUGGAGUCGACCCCAACAACGAGGCCAUCCGUAACGCUAUGGGCUCUCUGGCCUCCCAGACCGGCUCUAAAUCCGAUAACAAGAAGGAUGAGGAGAAAAAGAAAUGAACACCAAAAGAAGAACUUUGUAUAUGAUAAUUAAGAAGACUAGACAAUUGCACCGCAUGUUAUUGUAACAUGUUACAGUAACAUUACCCUCCUCAAUACAGGCACAAUUUGUUUCCUUUUUUUCUUUAUGUAUGAGGCUAUUUAAACUAAACAUGUUUUACUUUUUUUCAACUUAAGGUGAUUGGUGUAUUCUAAUUAUAGUCAUAGUUAUUUUUUGUGUCAAGAAGGCAAAAUACUUUCUUUUGAAUUGUUUGUAAUAAUUCUGAGAUACGCAGAAUUCCGCAAUAGAUUAAAUAAUGCAAGGUGGCACUCA